AUGAUUUCUUUCAGGUUAACGAAUCAUGGGACAAGAUUACUCAACACCCAGCCUUCUUCAUCAGACGAGUAUGACAUAACGUCCCUUCUUCAAGCAGAAGCUGAACUGUACGCCGAUGGAGCUGAGAGUAGCUACCAUAUUGCUGAGCCGUUUCAGUACCCACCUCAACUUGAGGGUGAUGAUGGAAUCCCGACGACAUGCUACUGUGGUGGUGAGGCUGUUGUUGCAACAUCUUACACGCGUAAAGACCCAGGGAGAAGGUACUUCACCUGCGACAAUAUCGAUGAUGGGGACUGCCACAUAUGGAAAUGGUGGGAUGUGGCUGUUACAGAGGAGAUGAGUGACAUUCAGAGACAACUUAGGCAGCUUAAGGAUCAAGGUUUUGAGUGUGACCAGAAGCUGGUUAAGCUACAGAAGACCGUCUGUGAGUUAUCUAAGAAGAAAUCAGGGGUUAGAAAUGGCUUUGCAUUGGAAGUUGGGCUACUGCAAGAGCUUCAAAGAAGUAAACCAGAGUGUCUAAAACCUCGAGAGUGUCUGUAUAAUAAGUUUUCUUUCUACCUUCCUAACUGCUCGGAUUUUAUUGCCUUUAAAUGUUUCUUAGUUUACCUUGAUUCACCCGAACCUUUUUGGUUGGGUAGCCAAGGUCCUGAUGAGUCUGUUGUCGAGUUUGUUGUGAAAGAGAGGAGGAAAUGGUCUCCGAAAGAGGAUAAAAUCCUUAUUGGUGCUUGGCUUAACACCAGUAAAGAUGCGGUGGUGAGCAAUGAGCAGAAAGCUGGUGUGUUCUGGAGGAGGAUUGUAGACUACUACAAUGCAAGCCCUCAGCUGGUUGGGACAAUACCUAGAGAGGUUGGUCAGUGCAAGCAAAGAUGGGCUAGGAUUAACGAGCAAGUGUCCAAGUUCGUUGGAUGCUAUGAUGCGGCUCUGAGGGAGCAGAGAAGUGGUCAAAAUGAUGAUGAUGUGAUGAAAGCUGAACUAGACUACUUCUACAAUGAUCACAGUUACAAGUUCACCCUGGAACAUGCCUGGAGGGAACUGAGGCAUGACCAGAAAUGGUCCUCUACCUAUCUGGCUAAUCACGGUGGCAAGGAAAAGCGCAAACAAGUGCUGGAGGUAGACACAGAAGAUGAAGUGGGAGAACCAGAGGCUAGACCCGUGGGGGUCAAGGCUGCUAAAGCUGCUACUAAGAGGAAGAAGAGUGGUAAAGAAGAGGAGUUGUCACAUAUACAUGCCAUCAUGGAAAUGAAAGAAAAACUCUCUAAACAGAAACUGCUCGACCGUUUACUUUCCAAAAAAGAUCCACUCACUGAGAUGGAAACAUCUCUUAAACUCAAACUUAUGUCUGAGAUGUUAUGAGUUUAGGUAUUGUGUUAUUUGCUAACUCUUGGCGUAUUAGACAUGUUGUAUUGAGCAGUUAGCUAUCUUGUUUGGAGUAGUCCUGAGUAGUUAGCUAACUCUUGGCGUAUUAGGUAGACAUGUUGUAUUGCGUAGUUAGCUAUCUAGUCACAUGUCAUAUAACUUUAAUAAUUAGCCAACUCUUGUCUUUUGUGUUGUUUCAGGUUAAGCAGUAGGACAUGUGAACCAAGUCACGUGUGCAUUUCUGAAAGUGUUUUGUUGUUUAGCUUCAUGUGAACCAACUCACGGGAGUGACUGUAUCACUCUAUGUUCUAUAAGUUUCACUCCAGCUCGUCUUUAGUUUCCACAAGUUCUUCUUUCCUUUCGUUUCCUUUUGCUACUGCCGUAUUUCGUUUCCUUUGUAAUAUUCUUGCUAUCAAGUUGUUGUAAGCUUUUGCUACUAUCACUUCUUGUUUACCAGUUGCUACAAGUUGUAAUCAAGAAGUACUGCUUCACUUAAAUAGGAGGAUACCUAAAAAUGACAUCAUCUUCGUCCGAUGAAGUCGAAGAAAGAUUGAACGAAAUUUUCGACGAUAUCUUGGAAGAUACAUACAACGACAUAGUGGAGGCCCAAACCAGUAAGCAAAGGAAACGGGCUUAUAUAGAACGAAACCGUGAAGCGGGACACAACCGCUUAUGGGAUGACUACUUCACCGAAGAUUCGACAUUCUCGACACAUUUAUUCAGACGCCGUUUCCGCAUGAAUAAGGAUUUAUUCUUGCGUCUUGUUCAUGGCGUCUCCGAGAACGUUCCAUUCUUUCGACAAAGAAGAGAUGCAACUGGGAGGUUUGGUCUUUCUCCACUACAAAAAUGUGCAGCAGCUAUUCCUCUGCUUGCUUAUGGUACUGCGGCUGACACGGUAGACGAAUAUCUCCGACUUGGUGAAAGCACGGCACUUUCAUGUUUACACCAUUUCACUGACGGAAUAAUACAGUUAUUUGGAGAUGAGUAUCUACGAAGACCCACACCAGAUGAUCUUCAACGACUGCUCGAGAUGAGAGACAAACGCGGGUUUCCUGGGAUGGUAGGAAGCAUUGACUGUAUGCAUUGGGAGUGGAAGAAUUGCCCAACCUAGGGCUGGGCAAAUAAACCGAACCCGAAAAUCCGAACCGAACCCGAUCCGAUGAAAAUGAAUCCGAACAGAUCCGAACUCGACAUAAAUACCGAAUGGAUCUUGUUUUAUGGUAUUUCGGGUUAUGGGUAUUAUCCGAACCGAACCCGAAAUUAAAUGGAUAUCCGAUAGAACCCGAAACAUUCAAAAUGCCAAAAAAGAACUUGUACCAAACAUGAUUUCAAUUCCUGAUAUGUAGCCAAAAUACACUAAGAUAUUAUUAAACAUCUACAAUAACUAUCUACUACAUGAAGGUUGAUGGUUGAAAGUGGCGGUUGAGGCUUGAAAUUUUUAGAUUUUGGUUUUAUUUUCAUUGAAUAAUUUUUUUCAUUUCAUGAUAACUUAAUUUUUCGUUUUAUGAUUUCAUUUAUUGGUUUUCUUUCUAUCAAUAACAACAUAUACCUUUCGUUUGACUUUGAAUGAUCAUGUUUGAUGUUUUUUUCUUA